AUGUCCGCUCCCUCUCUUGCCGGCUACAUCGUCAAGCGCCCCUGGCUCAAGCGCUGGAUGACGCCGAUUGCCAAUUGGUACACCGACGCUGCCGGCUACCGGAAACUCGGGUUGAGGGCCGAUGACCUGGUCCCCGAGGAGAGCGAGACCGUCCAGACCGCCAUCAAGCGUCUCCCUCCCAAGGAGGCCUACGACCGUGUUUUCCGUAUCCGCAGAGCUUUCCAGUGCUCUGUCUCUCACACCCUCCUUCCCGCUGCUGAGCAGACCAAGCCUAGCGAGGACGUCGAGUACCUGAGCCCCAUCAUCCGCGAAAUCGAGAAGGAGCAGCAGGAGCGCGCCGACCUCGACAACCUCGUCGUCAAGCGGUAA